AUGACAUACCCUCUCCCCUCCCAUCCUGGGCUCACCUCUCUUAGUUUUCUGACAUCCCCCAUCGUCGAGAUUGUGGUCGGCCAAGGCGACAAUGAGACAGUUCUGACCGCUCACCAAAGCCUUCUCUACGACUCACCCUUCCUCUCGGAGUUAGUCUCCAAUUUUGAAGCUUCCGGCCCGCGGCGCAUCCACCUACCAAACGAAAAUAUCGAAGCCUUCGGUUGCUUCCUGCAGUUCCAGUACACUCGUGACUACUCUGUCUCAUCAACCGGGAGUCCAGGCCCCGGUGCCGGCGCAGACGAGUCGGAGAACCAUCUACUUCGGCAUGCGUGGGUCUACACACUGGCCGCGAAGCUCGGCUUGCCAGCCCUGAAGAACUUGGCCCAUUCCAAAAUCCACCGGGUCAACUCUACCCCCCGCGGCGAGCUCUUGUAUGCCCGCUAUGUUUACACCACUACCCCGGCGGUCGAUGUCAUGCUUCGAAAGCCCAUUGCGAGAUUCUGGGCCUCUCGGAGCCCGAUCCGGCGGCAUGAAGUAGAGGAUGAUUUCAAAAAGCUGUGCAUUGAGGUUCCCGAGUUCGGGUUUGACGUCCUGACCCUUGUUCUGGACAAGACAGAAAAGAACAACCAGGGUAAUGUGGAGGCCGGCGCCAAAGGGAGCGCGCGAAAGCGCCUACACAGUAGUAUUUGA